CAGCCAGCCCGAGUGCCAGCCCGCGGUUGCAUAGCCUCAGCACCGGGCGCCAGGCUUGGGCAGUGCGCUCAGAGCUGCCCGGCGCAUCACAGGGACUCUUGCUUACCUCCUUUGCCCUUCUCUUGCUGGAUGGAACAGGAAGAUAAUCCGGGUGUGUGUGAAUACCAGACUUCUGAAGACAGAGGCAUGGAUUCUGACUUGGAGAACUCUGAGGACCGACAAGGGGACCCAGAAGAAAGAGGAAUGGGCUCUAGUCCACGGGACACAGAAGACAGAGGCCACCUGGAGCAGGAAGUGGACUCCACCCCACAGGAUGAUGAUCUAAGAGGGGACUCACGAGAGAGAGACAUAGCGUCCACUGUCUGUUCAGAGGGGCUGCUGAGUGAGGAAGAAAGGGCUAUCCUCCGUGAGGAAGAGGACGACCAGCCUGGUGUGGCUGACAUGGCUCUGUUCCCAGGGCUGUCAGAAUCUGACAGCAUAUCUCGGAGUCCGAGGGGAGAGGAAGAUGAAGAGGAGGAGGAAGACGAAGAAGAGGAAAGCGCUGGGGAGAACCGCUUGAUAGAGGAGGAAGAGCCAUUGUCUACUCCGGUGCUUCCUUGGAGGCGUCACCUCUCCCUGGGCGGUCGACACCGGGGUGACAAGCCUGCUCACCGCCACUUCCACCGGCUCCAUCACCCCAUGGCCAUGGACCUCGGGGAACUAGACAGCCUGAUGGCCAGUAUCAUGGACGCGCCCACCAUCUGCCCAGACUGCGGGGAGAGCUUUAGCCCGGGCGCCGCAUUCCUGCAGCACCAGCGCAUCCACCGCCUGGCAGAGGCCGCCGCCGUGGCCAGCCUGGAGCCCUUCGGUUUGGCCGGCGAGUGCGGAGGAGUGGUGGGGAUGAUGGGCGUGGGCGUGGCCGGCGGCUUCGGGGCGGGGCCCACGCUGGCCCGGCCCCCUCGCGAAAAGCCCUUCCGCUGCGGGGAGUGCGGCAAAGGCUUCAGCCGCAACACCUACCUGACCAACCACCUGCGGCUGCACACGGGCGAGCGGCCCAACCUGUGCGCCGACUGCGGCAAGAGCUUCAGCUGGCGCGCCGACCUGCUCAAGCACCGGCGCCUGCACACGGGCGAGAAGCCCUACCCGUGCCCGGAGUGCGGCGAAGCCUUCAGCCUUAGCUCGCACUUGCUCAGCCACCGGCGCGCGCACGCGGCGGCGGGCGGCGGCGCGGGCUCAGAGGGCUCGGCGGCGGCGCUGCGGCCCUUCGCAUGCGGGGAGUGCGGCAAGGGGUUCGUGCGCCGCUCGCAUCUGGCCAACCACCAGCGCAUCCACACGGGCGAGAAGCCGCACGGCUGCGGCGAGUGCGGCAAGCGCUUCAGCUGGCGCUCGGACCUGGUGAAGCACCAGCGCGUGCACACGGGCGAGAAGCCCUACAUGUGCUCCGAGUGCGGCGAGACCUUCAGCGUGAGCUCACACCUCUUCACGCACAAGCGCACGCACUCGGGCGAGCGGCCCUACGUGUGCCGGGAGUGUGGCAAGGGCUUCGGCCGCAACUCGCACCUCGUCAACCACCUGCGCGUGCACACCGGCGAGAAGCCCUUCGGCUGCGGCCAGUGCGAGAAGCGCUUCAGCGACUUCUCAACGCUCACGCAGCACCAGCGCACGCACACCGGCGAGAAGCCCUACACAUGUCUCGAGUGCGGCAAGAGCUUCAUCCAGAGCUCCCACCUCAUCCGCCACCGGCGCAUCCACACCGGCAACAAACCUCACAAGUGCGCGGGCUGUGGCAAGGGCUUCCGCUACAAGACGCACCUUGCACAGCACCAGAAGUUGCACUUGUGUUAGGGAGGGCAUCCGAAUGAGGCGACGGUGGGAGUCGUCUGGCUACUGAUCUGUAGAUGUUGGGGAAGGGGCAGGAGGGGCAGUCUGAGAGUGUCUGGGGGAGCCUUUUGGUGUUUGCUUACCCCCCCCCCGCGGAAUGGUUAAUAAGAGUGGUUACUUCGAGGUGCCUACCUCCACCUUCGAAGCAACUCUUAGAAGAUGUGCUUGACUUGAUAGCUUACUUAAAUACACACUGCGAAGAGUGAAAAGCUUGGAAUAGCAGAGUUGGGAGGACCCCGAGGAAAGGCAUUUGGGGCUGUGUAGAGAGGCUUGGACUGUGUGAGAACUGAGGUGAUUUGUUUAGAGUUACAGGCAUACAACAAAAAGCGGGUAGAAAGAAGAAUGUCACACUCCCGGGGUAAGCCUGAGUUUGCCCUAACACCUCACUUAUCAGCUCCAGUACGACCCUUCUCAUCCCUAUAGAAGAGGUUGCUAAUCCACUUCCCUUUCUAUGAGCCCCAGCUGCUAUUUUGAGGCAUCCCGGGGAAAUCAAGCAGAAAAACUGCACAGUUAUGUCAAAGGGCAAAAGUUUAGAAAUUCACAUACAUUGGUUCUUAGAUCUCUUAGGAAAUCCUGCACCCGUUUCUUCGCUAAUUCUUGAAAUUGCUCAAGCUUCAUGUAGGGUCAGGGGUACCUAGGAAUGGCCCCAUCUGCUAUGUAAAUCAGGACUUGCCUGUCAGGUCUCAGCUAUCAGUGGAGAGUAGGUUUCAGGAAACCAGUAGACUGUCAGCAGCUGCCUCAGAAACUGUUCACAAAAGUCAACUAGCUGGCUCAGUUUUGCUGGCUUUGUGUAGAUUUGUGUAGAGCAGGAAAGCCAAGUUCACAAGAUGGGAUGCCUUCAUUUGCAUGCGUGUGCCCUGACCCCAAGAACCCCCAAAUUACUCACAAAUUAAUGAGAGAUGUGAUCCAAACAGGAUUUUCAUCCCUGCCCCGUCCCCGCCCCCCACCUCCGACCCCCCUAUAGAAGAGGCACACAUGUCCACGUGGAGGGCACAGUCAGGGAGAGUUGGAAAUGCAAAAUUGCCAAAUAGCACAAACAGUGAAUGUUUUCCAGUUAUACGAGAUGCCAAAAUAGCACUUUUGUAUUUAACAGAGUGCUUUAUGCUUUUUAAUGACUGUUAGUGUUUCUCACAUGCCUGUGAGAUACAUCAGCAUUGCAAACUGUGAUUGGGGAAAGUCUGAGGGAGGAGUGUGGUAAGCCUUUCAGAGGAAGGCCCAGGGCAAUGACCUUUUGUGUUCCAAGCUCCAUUGCUAGGAUGACUUACAUGCUCUGAUUUAUAUCAUAAAGCAAGAAGACUGAGCAUUCUUACACUUGGAAAAAUUAAAGCCUAGAAGGACCAAAGAUGUCCUUAUUGACAAAGCUGGCCUUUGUCACCUGAUUCCAGUAUUCUCACUGUCUUCUAUUUCUAGUAGGGAGCUGUAGUCAAAUGACUUGUAUAGAUUUUGGUUACCUACCCUUAAAUUCCCUCCCGUAGAUUAGCCUUUAGAAGUCAGUGUUGUGGCCGGCAGUGAAGUUUUCUUCACUAACACUUAUUACCCUAGAUUAUUCAUGGGAAUCUGGAACUGUUGGACACAGUUGAAAAUGUGGUGGGGAAACCAGACAAUUGUUUUUACAGUUUUAGCCAAGUUUCUGUGAAUGCUAGAGAUUUAUACUUGAUUAUUUGUAUUUUCAUAAUGAGCUUCUUUGGGGACUCUAGGGAAGCAUUUUUGUUUUUUUUUUAUUUUUUAUUUUUCAUUCUAGGAACACUAAAAAAGAAAUCUGGGGGACAUCCGGACUUUUGUAUAUUACCUGCUGCUGAUCUUGUACACUUAAUCUGUUUACUGUUGUUCACAGAUGAAAACAGAUACGCUAGGGCUAGUUUUGAAAAACACUAAUUCUCUUCAGUUUUCUUUAGUGAAGACUUACAUGCAAAGUCUGUGCCCCCUAUUUAUUCUGACUCAUGCUGUCUAGAUGCCCAGUGUAUGAGACCCACUUAAAACAACGCAGCCGAUUUGUAGGCAGUCUUCAUUCUCAUUCUCUCCCUCUCCCUCUCCCUCUCCCUCUCCCUCUCUCUCCUUUUCUCUCUCCAAAGUUUCUUUCCAUAGCCCUGGCUGUCCUGAAACUCACCCUGUAGAGCAGGCUGGCCUUGAACUCACAGAGCUCCACCUGCCACUGCCUCUGCUCCAGAGUGCUGGGAUUACAGGUGACCCCAACCACAACCAGUUCAUUUUUUUUCCUUUUUUUUUUUUUUUUUUUUUAAAUGCACAUCUACCUCUUCCGUUUUAAGUUCUCUCAAGUGUGUGCCAAUGAAAUCUAAUCCAACUUUUGAUUCUUCAUAUAUAUUUUUAACCACUUUAUGGGCUUUUUGUUUUGUUUUGGCCCUUUGCUGCCAUUAUUCCACACAGGAUAGCCAUUAUCAAGUGUUUUACAGAACAGCAGCUUUAGAGAGUGGGUUUUGUGGGUUGUGGAUAACCAAGAUGGCGUGAAGUAAUGGCAGUAGAAACCCAUGGAAUUCUUUUGUUCUUUCUAUCGCUGUGGAUAAGAGAAUCAGCUACUGUGUUAUUCCUUAUCUGAGCCAAACCCCUUAGCAGAAGAAACUGUCCAGCCAUACCGAGUGCUCGAUUGGUGUAUUUACAAUGUGAUUCUCUUCUCUUCUUCAGGGAACAUGCCUGCAUUACAUGAAAUUCCAUGCACCCAGCUGGUUAUUUCUUGUCUUCCAUCUUAGAAGAAUUGUGUUUCUUCAGGAUACUCUUGUAACUGUGGUUCAUGCUUGAAAUGUUAAAGAUUCCUUAAUCCAACUUAUUACGGGGUUGGAGGCAGAAUUUACUGUACUAUUUAUUUCCUGGGGAAUUUUGGUCAAAAGCCAGCUUCUUUUGCUGUCUUUAAGAAGCAAAACUUGAAGCUUAUGAGCUUAAAAGACUUAGCCUGAGGCAGAAGGAGGUGAGCACCUAAUCCUUUGAGCCACGUGGUCUCUUUUACAGUCUAGNAACUGUACAUAUAUGUGAAAAGGAAAAAAAACCUAUAUAUAUAUUAUAUAUAAAACAGUGUUCAUAGACAAUCUGAACUAUGUUUCUGAUGUGUGCACACUUUCCAUUUUAGUGCAAUUUUACAUCUGUUCGUUAAAGUAUUAAGUAAUUUAAUGACCCCAAGAGUACCAGAUUCUGUGAGUGUGCUUGUUUAUUUGACUACUGCCCUGUUUUCAUGUUUCAGGUUCCUUGAACAGAAUCCUGGCAUCCAGCAACCAAUAUGAACUAUUUGUCAUUAAAUCCCUACCAGUCUUUUAUCAUAUCAUCCUUCUUUAUUAUGUGUUAUACACUUGACUCUCCGUAAGUGAAAUUUUACUGGAAUGCAGUUUCACCUACACUGUCCACACAAACUGACUGUGGAGACGUUCAUGCACAGUUGAAUAAUUGUGGCAGAAAUCACAAGGACCAUAAUCCUAAAAUAUCUCUUAUCACACUUUUAAAAGUACAAUCUAGAGGGGGUGCAGUUGCCAUGGUACAAGAGGCUGCUAAGGGAUGAAUGCUAAUGUGAGACUANCCUGGUCUAAGUAGUAAGACACUGAUUCAAAACCACCGAUUCGCUUAAUCUGUAUAUGUAUGUAUGCACACACGUAUGUCCUAGCUUGCUUUCUGUGUUUGUGAUAAAACACCAUG